UAAACGUCAAACUUGUCAAACAAAAAAAAGCAACACACACAAAAAAGUGAAUAAAAAAGUAAAAUUUAACGGUCGCCAAAAAGAAACAAUUCUCUUUUAAUCUCACUUAUUUAAUUAAUUAAUUCAAGAAUAAAAGAUUCAUUUCCAAGUAUGAAUAGUACAGCGCAAGCAACUAAAAACUGCAUUACUCUGAAGGGGUCUGCUCAAAUCAUAGCUGAAUACUUGAAAUACGGCAUCAAUUCGAUUCUAUUCCAACGGGGCAUCUACCCACCAGAGACUUUUAUCAACACCCAACAAUAUGGCGUUCCAAUUCUAAUGUCCACCGAUCCCAAAAUCGAAGAAUUCCUGAAGAAUAUUCUUGUCCAAACUGAAGAAUGGCUUUCAAGGAACAUGGUCAGUAAAAUCUCCAUGGUCAUCACAAAUGCACACACCAAAGAAGUGCUCGAAUGCUGGGACUUUAAGUUGCAAGCAGAACUGGGCGACGGCGAUACCUCGGAUCCAAUGAAACUAACCUCCAGCAAAGAGACGAAACGCAUCCAGCAGGAAAUCCGCGAUGUGAUGCGCCAGAUUUCAGCCACUGUUAGCUACCUUCCUCUGCUCGACUGCAUUUGCACAUUCGACGUGAUGAUACAUACACUCCAAAACUGUGAUAUUCCAGAGAGUUGGGAUGAAACCGGAGCUGUUUUCAUACAAAAUUCCCAGGCAGUUCAAUUGCGAUCGUUUUCUACGGGCUUGCACAAGGUCGACACUGUUGUCAACUACAAAAUGUCGUGAAGUCAUGUGAAAAAGUGCCUACGAUUUUAUGACUGCUAAAUUUUGACCCUUGUCUUCUGGUUGAUCCUCUAACAUCCGACUUCUCGCUCCUUGGAUAAAGCAGAGAGAAAAACGAGUAUAUUAGUUGAAUGAAACCAAAUAAUGACAGAAACAAAAAGCAGUCGUUGAGUCUUUUUGUCUGUUUUAAAAUUAUUAAAUAAAUUAUUAUAAUGUGUUUGCGA